AUGGUCUUGGAUCCCUCACCUGGCAGAGGCUGCUUUGCCCUGGCCAUUCUGCUGGCAAUUGUGGAGAACAAGCUUGGCCAAACAGUGAACUACACAGUAAUGGGAUUGAAACGACACCCCAAGUUUGGCCACAGUAAAGGUGCUCUCAGUUCAGGCUUCCUGCAAGAAAAGGUCUGGAUGAUGCUGGUCACCAGCCUAGUGGCCCUUCAAGGUAUGUUCAGAAGAGCUUUUAGCACCCCAAGAAAUGAGGGUGCUAUACCUUUAACAUCUUGAUUACUCUCCAGGAGAAGGGUGGAAAGGAAGCCCAGAGUGGGACAGGGAAAUGCUCCUUAGGCCCUGGCUGUCCACAUGAAAACAUCACACCAGGAUGAGGGCAAAAUCGGUCCAAAGGGACUAAAGACUUCAUACUAACUAGGGGAUGAUAGAUGAAUCAGACUUUCCAUUGGGUAGGAGGUCACACCCAUGAGGAAAGAAAGCCUGUGGGAGAGGCAAGCAAAUACAAAUACGUCUACUUACUGGAUGAACAGAGGGCUACAAGUUGAGGCAACAGA